CUAGCUUCUAGUUGCCGAUCGAUCAGGCCAUCCAUCUCCACGAGUUUCCUCGCCGCAACAUGGGAUGGUCCACCUCAACGCCGCCGGCCGUGGGCGUGGCUGCCCCAGACGACGCCGUCACGGCCACACCGGCGGCAGCGCGCAAGAGUCAAAAAGCAGCGGCCACCAGCAACGACUCCAACUCCCCAACAGCCAGCCGCUACCACCGGCUCGAGGUGCUCGGCGCGGGAACCUUCGGCGUCGUCUACCGCGCGAGGGACCGCCGCACGGGAGAGAUCGUGGCGAUGAAGUGCCUCCGGACCAACGGCGCUCACGGCCGCGACGUCGGCCGCUACCUCUCCGACUUCGCUAGCGAGGUCAGCGCCCUCGAGGCGUGCAGCGGCCACCCAUCCAUCGUGCAGCCGCGCGCCUCCGGCCACCUCGGCGGCGAGGCCUUCCUCGCCAUGGAGUUUGUGGGGCCGACUCUCAGGCACGUCAUGAAGCAUGUCCGCUUCGGGAGGAGGCACACCGAGCUGGAGGUUCGCCUGCUCAUGAGGCAGCUUCUCGCCGGCGAGAGGAGGAUGAAUCGUCUCGGGUUCAUGCACCGCGACCUCAAGCCGGAGAACGUGCUUGUCGACGGCCGUGGGAACCUCAAGAUCUGCGAUCUGGGAUUGUCGUGUAGUAUGGCCGAUGAGCCGCCCUACUCCAACCCGGUCGGGACGAAGGGAUACCGCGCUCCGGAGCUCCUCCUUGGGUGCACGGAUUAUGACGAGCGUAUCGACUCAUGGGCUCUCGGCGUCAUGAUGGCUGAGCUCCUCGCCGGCAAGCACCCGUUCCAUGGAAGGUCAGACACGGAGCACCUCAGUGAAAUAUUGGACCUUAUUGGCAUGGCUGACAUCAAAGAGUGGUCGGGAUACGAUGGGCGUCGUCUGCCCGGCGGAUGCCAGCCAGGAAGCUUUCUGCGCAACAAAUUCCCCUGUCCCACUGAGACUAGGAUCAAAGGCCCGCCGACAUUAUCAGAGGCUGGUUUCGAGGUCUUGAGCGGCCUCUUGCGAUGCAACCCGGAGAAGAGGCUCACGGCGGAGCAAGCGCUCAAGCAUCGGUGGUUCAAGGAAGCCAACCCGAGAGCUACAAGGAGCUGACUGGUGAAACAGCACAAUCUACAACGGCAUCUGAUUCAUGUGUAUUAGAAAUGCAAACAUUGUAUAUGAAUUGUAUGAAUGAAUGAGGUUUGAGAUAAGCAAGUAGUAGUAGUUUUCGUGUGUAUCACUACCAUACGAAUUGUAAGGCCGAUGGUCCAUUUGUAGUGUGGUUUCUUGCUCUUUGUUGUUGAAGGUACUUUGAUGAUUCCAGGUAUUGAUGCUUGUCGUGUAUGAUAGAUCAAUAAACG